AUGACAGAAGAGAAUUAUCGUCCUAAAUCCCCCGAUCUCUCCUCUCUCCCAUUUCCACCCACUACUACCUACACUCCUUUGAGUCCCCUGACUCAUCGUGCUUCUUGCGACUACGACUCUUCGCCUUUUUUUUCAUCCCCACGCCCCCAACGCGUUCCUCAAUCGUACGUGCCACCUUCGUCUUUUGAGGAUAUGGCUCGUCGCUCAUCCCGCCUACAGUACCAAGACGCGCCCCAAUACCAAAACGCGUCUGACGACCUUGAAAUCGAGGCCGAAACUGAACAAGUACCAGAACCCCAAAGCAAGACCAUGACUUUCGCGCCUGAAAUUCCCGAAGAGAAGCCUGCGCCUGCUGGCGCUGGAAUUGAGGUCAAGACCAAAUUCCCCGUCGCGCGCAUCAAACGCAUCAUGCAGGCAGAUGAAGAUGUCGGCAAAGUUGCGCAAGUGACCCCGAUCGCAGUUUCCAAGGCGCUCGAACUUUUCAUGAUUUCCCUUGUUACCAAAGCUGCGUAUGAGGCGCAAGAGCGCAACUCCAAGCGCAUCACAGCUUCCCACCUCAAGCUCGCUGUCAGCAAGGAUGAGACCCUUGAUUUCCUCGCCGAUAUCAUGGCUAAGGUCCCCGAUCAACCCGCUCGCAAGAAUGAAGAUGAGAGCAGCGACCAGAACGACGGUCGCAAGAAGCGCGGUGGACGCAAGCCUAAGGAGGAGAGCGAAUAA